GUUACAAAGUCUUCUCAUACUCAAGACCUACAGCUACAAAAACAAAAACCACUCUCUACGCAUACAGUCUCUCUUAAUAUUUAUCUCAAACUCUUAACUGAAAUCAGUGAUCGAUUUGGCCGUCAAUGGCGGCCGUUGAUAAGGCUAGCGAAACCACCUUGCGAAACGCUUUUGGAAAUGUUCUCUCAUUCUUCAUCCUACUUUUGAUAGGAGUUCUUGCUUUCUCGAUCCGCCUCUUCUCUGUUAUAAAGUAUGAGAGUGUCAUUCACGAGUUUGAUCCUUACUUCAAUUACAGGGUCACUCAGUUUCUUACAAAGAAUGGGAUAUAUGAUUUUUGGAAUUGGUUUGAUGAUAGAACCUGGUAAGUGCAACUAAUUUAUCCUGUCGAG